AUGGCAGGGGUGACGCUAGAUUCCGAGGCAGCCUUCAAAGAACGGUGCGACAAGGUCGGCCUCAACAACGACGUCUUCGAUGAGCUGACGGGUCAGGGAUACAAAACAUUCGGAUCCAUGGCCUUUGCAGUUGGCGCAUCCCCCACCUCGAUUUCGGAGGAGGAUUUUCAGAACUGGGUUAGGAAUGUCUUCGCAACUGCGCCAAACCACCAUCAGCUGUCUUGUUUGCGAAGGAUCCUCUUUGAAUCCCAGGCACUGGGCAUCAACGACAUGAAGACAAGAGUCGAGCCGACUACCGAGAUCCUGACCAGAAAGAUGCCAACCGCGGAGCGUCUCUCUAGACAAAAGGCGCAAGAGAAACGGCUGCCAGGAGUCAUUUUUGACCCACAAACUACGCCUUCACACCGCAUCGUCGACCAGAUCGUGGAAAUGCUGGAAACGGGAGUCUUAGCAUACAUUCCACCAGGGAAGUUCACCAGCAGAGAACAAGAGAUCCAGGCAAGCAAGCCGGACAAGACGCUGGCCAUAGAUGCGGAUGGGAACUUGAAGAUCGCUGCAAAGGGCGAGGACUUGAUCUCCUGUGAUACGGGGUCCGAGCUCACCUUGCGGCAGGCGUGGUCACGAAGGAGCCUCGCGUUUGACAUUGCCGGCAUGGCCUCCUAUGCUACCCUGGAGGGGUGGUCGCACAAACUCUACGUGGUCCUUCAACGCCCUGCUCCACCAGGAUAUCACCCCAUCGCUUUGACCCAGAUUGUGGCAGCUGAUCGGCACAUGUUCACCCUCGUGGCAGUUCCAAGCGCGCCUUUGACGAGGAUGGCGAUUGGGGUCGAGGUCGAGGACGGGGGCGCGGACGAGGAAAAGGCCGUGGGCCGUGGCCGGAAAGGCAAAGGCAAAGGCAGUGGCAUCCAGGUCCCCGAGGGUGCGCAGACCAAGGUGAAUGAUCAACCGGUUUGCUUUGCUUACAAUGUCGGCACUUGUGGCUUCAAAGUCAACAAAAAGAAUCGGUGUGGACGUGGCUUCCAUGUUUGUUGGUGGAAAGGAUGUGGUGGUAACCACCCAGGCCACGCCUGCACCAAAGAAACUAAGCCGUCCUUCGAGGCGGAUGUGGCGGAUAAACAGGUCUGCCAUGCUGCCGAGAUGUUCGCGUGUCAGUGCAUGAGAAAGGAGUCCAACGAUUCGGCCCAUCUCUUACAGCUUUUUGAUCUUCUGCCUACAGUCAUGACACGUUUUGUUAAACAAAGAUGCCCUGGCCUCACCUUUUCUUCGAUCGUCAUCAUGGAAGGCGUGGAGACAUUCCCCCACGUAGACAGUCAUAACGACCCCAGCAGUGAGAAUGCUGUGUUCGGUCUGGGCCCUCCUGGGAUUUUCUCCGGAGGGGAAGUUUGGAUCGAGGACUCAAGUGGCUCCGUGGACUUUAAGCACGAGGAGGUGGUUUUGAAAGGGCGGCUGUUCCGACGGGAGCUCUUUAGCGGGAGUGGCAGUCUGUCCGCAGCGCUGCAUGCCAAUGGUUUCCAAGCCCUUGCGGUGGAUCAUUUGCCGAACAAACCAUUGGUCCCCACCAUGCGCUUGGACCUCUCUUCCGACGAGUCGCAGAACCUUGUUCUUGAACAGCUUCAGGUGACGCACCCUGUGUAUCUACACUUGGGACCACCAUGUGGUACGGCGAGUCGUGCUAGGGGGCGUCCUGUGCCUAAGUUCCUGGUGCGACAGGGGGCACCGCAACCUCAGCCGCUACGUUCCGGCCUACAUCCUCUAGGGUUGCCUUCGUUGCCGCGGGGCAGUAUCAGCUACGAACGUGUGCAAUCUGCAAACAGACUGUAUCGGUUUUGCUGGCGGCUUUUGAAUUGGUGCCUUAAAGCUGGCGUGUACUUCACGAUUGAGAACCCGGAGAACUCUUGGUUUUGGGCUGUGCUCGCUCACCUGGCCCGAGGCGAUCCCCGCGCUCCUUUUCACCAUGCCCAGCUGUACGAGGUCGUUUUCGAUUCUUGCGAGCAUGGCGGACGAAGACCCAAAACCACUAAGCUGCUCACCAAUUGCCGGGCUCUGCUUGCCCUGGCUCGCCGUUGUUCCGGCUCCCAUGAGCACGCCCCCUGGAAAGUGCGCUGGUCAACUUCCGGCUGGACGUUUGACACACACCUCGAGGCGCAGUACCCCCUCCUUCUGGUCGAGCGCUGGGCCGAUCUUCUUUGCGCAGAUCUUCAGACGCGAGGCCUGGUGUUUACAGCUGUCUUGCCCGCUCGUGCGCUCACUUUGGCGGCACAGGGCCGGCAGUCCCGGAAGGCAACCCCCUUGAUCUCCGAGUACGACCGCGUAGUGGACCUGCCGUGCUCCAAAGUGCCCCUCGAGGGCGCAAAAGUUCUUUCGGCCCCGGAAUCUGGUGGUGCAGCGGGGGGCCAAGAGGUCGUUUGCAAGGCGGAGAUCUUGGGGAAGCAACUACAAAAACGCGAGGAUGCCCUUCAUGCGGAGAUGCCCCAAUGGAUGCAGAAAGUGAUCAAAGGGAAAAAGAUAUUGCUCUGGGAAGAAUUGCUCAAGCAGUACCACUACGAUGAUUUGGGAGUGGUAAACCUACUUAAGCAAGGAGUCGACCUGUCAGGAGUUGGUGCCUGCCCAGAUUGCUUUGAAGUCAAUGUGAAGCCGCCCGUACUGCCGAUUGACAAUGCGAGUGAUGCCCAGCUGAACGAUUCUUUUGGACCUUCCAUGCGGUUGGUUUUACAAGACUGUGACUACCUGGCGGCGAUGGCCAUACUGGUGGCGCGGAAGAUGAAGGAGAUGGGCUCUGCGGUCCCUUGGGUUGGAAAAACUCUGGAUCUGUCUAAAGCCUAUAAGCAGGUACCGAUUUCCCAAAAAGACAGAAGGCUGGCCGUGGUGUUCUUGGAUGAUGCGUGCGGACAGAGAAAAUUCUUUUUGAGCAACUCACUCUUGUUUGGAGCCAGCGCGUCCGUGCCAAGCUUUCUCAGAAUCAGUCGCUCCUUACAUUUCUUAUUCAACAAGAUGCUGCAUGUGGCGUCGUCAUGCUACUUUGACGAUUUUCCCCUGUUGUCUACGGAAUCCCUUGCUGAGAGUGCGGAUUGGGCGUGUUCUCGCCUUUUGGACCUAUUAGGCUGGAAGCACGCUCGGUCGGGAGAAGGCCAUAAAGGCCUACCGUUCUCAGCCAAAUUCGAAGUGUUGGGAACCGUGGCUGACGUAUCUGAACUGCAUCAUGGUAUCUUCAGGAUGGCCAACAAAUCGUCCCGAGUUGAAAAGGUCACUGAGAGACUUCGCGAUGUGCAUGAGAGUGGUGCGCUGCAAAGGCAUGAUGGGCAAAUAUUGCUUGGUCUUCUAAGAUUUGCAGCUGGAUUCUUCUCGGGGAUGACGCUGAAACAUGUUUGUGUCGAUCUGAACCGCUUCGUAUAUGCCGGUGCUAAGCCAAGCGCCGAUGUUCUCCGCAAUCUUUGUGAGAGGGCCAUUCAAGCAAUUUCUGUCCUGCCUCCGCGAGAGAUUCGCCUUGAACAUGAUCCUUCGGUAGUCCACAUUUGGACUGAUGGCUCCUGGGAGAACAAAAUAGCAGGCAUCGGUGCUGUGGUAUUAGAUGGCUCAAGAGGUUUUGGCGCGGUUUUUCAAGACGAAGUUCCAAAGGAGGUGUUGGAAGAGUGGAGCCGAACUGUCGGUGAUGGCGAUCAUUUGAUUUGCCAAAUUGAGCUGUUCGUGGUAUGGGCCAUCAAGCUUUCUUUGGGAGACAUGCUCAAAAACAGACGUGUGAUCAUGUGGAUUGACAACGAAUCUGCGCGACUUGGACUGGUGAAAGGGUACAGCUCUUCACCUUCUAUGGAUCGUCUUCUGAGAGAUGUUUGCGCCUUGGAAGAUUCAUGCCCGUCUUUGAGUUGGUAUGCACGAGUCCCAUCGUGGUCCAAUGUGGCCGAUGCUCCUUCGAGGUUUGCUGGACAGACAGUCCUUCACAUGGUUGGUGCAACUGAGCUUUCUUCUUUCGGCAAGCUGCCAGUCGAGAGAUUUUUGCUACAGCACUGA